AUGCAUUUCCAGGAAUUUUUUGAAUUCCCCUUGUACAAUGAUCUUCCACAUCUUUUUGAUCAAAAACAUUUUCAGCAAUUCAAGCAUAUUCCAAAACUUCGAUUCUUAAGGAACAGUUAUGAAAAACAGCGGUUAUUUUUCAUUAAAAUGCAGACAUACCCACAACUUCUUCGAAGACCUUUACCUCCAAAACUCCGUAAGGUGUCUGUGUAUAAGAAGCAAUUCCGUUCAGCCAAGAGUGGUAAAAUUGGGUCCUUGUAUGUAGAAUUUCCCGAAGAUGAAACAACUUCAACUGAAAGCGAAGAAGCUGAUAUUGUUUCAAGCAAAGAUUUACAAGCACUAACACCUGUCAAGAUCCAAAAUAUCUUUAUGGAGCGUCAAGUACAAGAAAGAGUGGCUACUAUUUCCACAGCCCCAAAAUCUACCAAAAAUGUUUCUUGGCACAUUCCAGAUACUGCUACUGGUUCCGUCUUUAUCCCAAGUUGUCAAUCAGCUUCUUCUCGAGUUUUUCGGAAAGAAAUAACCCGAAUGGGGAGUUUAAGAAAGCUCAAAAAAGAGCCACAGCAAGAAAGAAAAAUCAUUUACUUCGAAGACAAACUAGAAGACAUGUAUGGAUACCCUUCAGAUUUAUCUAACGUCUUCAGUGCUCGCUGGCCAGUCUUCACCAGUAACUAUGAGAAAGUGUACCCUGAGUUCCAACCUUUACCGAUGACUCCAACCCACAUUUAUGAGCAACCCUUGAGAGAGUUAAGUGCAAUAUACAUAAGCCCUCUACCUAGUACUGUGUCUGGUAGACCUGAAAGUCUGUGGUCAGAACGUUUCCAGCGAAGUCCCACACAUCUUAGUAAAGUGGUAGUAAGUAUCACUCAGUUUCCGGGUACCAUUCCCUUACCACCGCCACCUUUACCACGAAAGCCUCGGAGACAGUCUAUCAUAGAAAAUAUUUCAUCAGAAAAUGAAAAGGUAGAGACUGCCCCAAGACCAUCUGAAGUUCCUGUUACAAUCGAAGAAGAAAAAUCAGAGGUACUUACUUUACAUGGUGAAGGUUUUAAGACUAUUGCAGCAACACGAUAUGAAACACUGGCAGCUAUGACUGAUCUGGCCAUAAUGAACUGUCAACUAUAUGGAAGAAACGCACUUAAUCUUAAGGGCUUUUUUCUCUUGAAUUGUCCAGACUUGACAUGUUUGGCCUUCCAAUUGAUAUACCUUAAUUUAUCAUUUAAUGAUCUUUAUCACUUUCCCACAGAAGUAUUCUGUCUUAAAAAUUUACAAGUACUGAAAUUGAGAAAUAAUCCCAUCAAAGAAAUUCCUUCUGAAAUCAAACAACUUAAAUGCCUUAGAAUUUUCAGCAUUGCCUUUAAUUUGAUUAGCAAUCUUCCACCUGGGUUAUUUUCCUUGUUUCACCUUGAGGAACUCGAUGUUUCCUACAAUGAAUUUACCUUUAUUCCAAAUGAAAUACACAGACUCAGAUCACUUGACAAACUGCAUAUUGAUGGGAAUUAUGUGACUUCUUUACCACCUGGCAUUUUAAGGCUUAACCUGACAAAAAUCCACUUGGAGAAUACUUUCACCCUGCCUUGUUUUUGGACAGAGAAUUCUUUGAAUAGUCCACAACGACUUACUCAAAUUACUGCUUUGUUCAUGCUCAUAAAUAAUAUUCACAAAUUAUAUGAAAAGAUUCCAGUGAAAGCUAAACUGUUACUAAAAAGCACAUCCAGGUGUGACUGGUGCCACGGCCCCAUGUUCGGUGAAGGUUUACGUAUCAUCCGUUCCUGUGACAUUUUUGGAGCCUCACAGCUUCCUAUUAUGUUUCAUGUCUGUUCUCCUUCCUGUUACAGAAGAUUAAAGGAAAGCACCUAUUUUAUUGAAGGUAUUUCUGGUAAAAGAAUAGAACUAAAUGUGGAACCAACAAAAGAAUUGUAA